UGUUGCUUUUGCAGACGUUUUGCCGCGCAAAAAGACUAGCAUCGAUAAGCGCUAUCGCAUAAAGUGAAAGCAAAGCGCAGAGUUGCGUUGGAAACUAAAUCGAGCACCCACUACAUUUUUUAGUGCGCUUUACGGACUGCGUUGCCUCGCGUCUGCAUGUAAAAAACCGCGGAUAUAGCAGCAAAAGUCCAUUUCGAGCGUUCAAUUGUAAUAUAAGAACAUGCGCUAAACACACAGCAAACAAACGACAACAACUUUAUUUUGUUUUCAUCGCUGCCAAAAACAAAACGCGUGUGGCCAACCGUGUGCGCUGUACGCUCGCUGGCUUUGUCACGCGUGCAAAAAGUUUUUCAGCAGUUUUUCUCAGUUGCGGAUAAUUCGUGUCAAUCGCGACACUUGAAAGAGUUUUCCGCAACAAGACAACAUGAGCACCACAACGGAUUCGAAGGCGCCGCUGCGCCAGGUGAAGCGCGUACAGUUUGGAAUUUUGUCACCUGAUGAAAUCCGUCGUAUGUCGGUGACAGAGGGUGGCGUUCAGUUCGCUGAGACCUUGGAAGGUGGUCGUCCGAAGCUGGGCGGCUUGAUGGAUCCUCGCCAAGGUGUGAUUGACCGGACGUCGCGUUGUCAGACGUGUGCGGGAAAUAUGACCGAAUGUCCGGGACAUUUUGGCCACAUUGACCUGGCCAAGCCCGUCUUUCACAUCGGUUUCAUAACGAAGACAAUCAAAAUCUUGCGCUGCGUUUGUUUCUACUGCUCUAAGAUGUUGGUCUCCCCACACAAUCCGAAGAUCAAGGAGAUUGUCAUGAAAUCAAAAGGUCAGCCACGCAAACGUUUGGCUUACGUUUACGAUCUGUGUAAGGGCAAAACGAUUUGCGAGGGCGGUGAAGACAUGGACAUGACUAAAGACAACCAGCAAGUGGAUCCAAACAAGAAACCCGGUCACGGUGGCUGCGGUCACUAUCAGCCAUCGAUACGUCGUACUGGUCUCGAUUUGACAGCCGAAUGGAAGCACGUGAACGAGGAUUCGCAGGAGAAGAAGAUCAUUGUCUCCGCUGAGCGUGUCUGGGAGAUACUCAAACAUAUAACCGACGAGGAAUGCUUUAUUUUGGGAAUGGACCCGAAAUAUGCUCGACCAGAUUGGAUGAUUGUCACCGUGUUGCCAGUGCCUCCUUUGGCUGUACGUCCGGCCGUUGUUAUGUUCGGUGCGGCCAAGAAUCAAGAUGAUUUGACACACAAAUUGGCUGACAUCAUCAAAGCCAACAAUGAGCUGCGCAAGAAUGAGGCAAGCGGUGCUGCGGCUCACGUCAUACAGGAAAAUAUAAAGAUGUUGCAAUUCCAUGUGGCAACGCUGGUCGACAAUGAUAUGCCCGGCAUGCCGCGUGCGAUGCAAAAGUCGGGAAAACCGCUGAAAGCGAUUAAAGCGCGUCUAAAGGGCAAAGAAGGACGUAUCCGUGGUAAUUUGAUGGGAAAACGUGUCGAUUUCUCUGCACGGACAGUCAUCACACCCGAUCCCAAUUUGCGUAUCGAUCAAGUCGGAGUGCCACGUUCGAUAGCACAGAACUUGACCUUCCCGGAGCUUGUCACUCCAUUCAACAUCGAUCGCAUGCAGGAGCUAGUGCGUCGUGGUAAUUCCCAAUAUCCAGGCGCCAAGUAUAUUGUACGCGACAAUGGUGAACGUAUCGAUUUGCGUUUCCAUCCGAAAUCCUCGGAUCUCCAUUUACAGUGCGGCUACAAAGUGGAGCGACAUUUGCGUGACGAUGAUUUGGUCAUUUUCAACCGUCAGCCAACUCUGCACAAGAUGAGUAUGAUGGGUCACAGAGUGAAGGUGUUGCCUUGGUCCACGUUCCGCAUGAAUCUGUCCUGUACUUCGCCUUACAAUGCUGAUUUCGAUGGGGACGAGAUGAAUCUGCAUGUUCCCCAAUCCAUGGAAACACGUGCUGAAGUCGAGAACAUACACAUAACACCGCGACAGAUUAUAACGCCGCAGGCUAACAAGCCCGUCAUGGGCAUCGUGCAGGAUACACUCACCGCAGUACGUAAGAUGACGAAACGUGAUGUGUUUAUCACGAGAGAGCAGGUGAUGAAUCUGUUAAUGUUUUUGCCCACGUGGGAUGGAAAAAUGCCGCAGCCAUGCAUCUUAAAGCCACGUCCGCUGUGGACAGGCAAACAGAUCUUCUCAUUGAUCAUACCCGGCAAUGUGAACAUGAUACGCACGCAUUCAACCCAUCCGGACGAGGAGGAUGAUGGACCUUACAAAUGGAUAUCACCCGGUGAUACAAAGGUCAUGGUGGAGCAUGGUGAUCUUAUAAUGGGUAUACUCUGCAAGAAAACUCUCGGCACCUCGGCCGGAUCUCUAUUGCAUAUCUGUUUCCUUGAAUUGGGUCACGAUAUUGCUGGACGUUUCUAUGGCAACAUUCAAACGGUGAUCAAUAAUUGGCUUCUGCUUGAGGGUCACAGCAUUGGUAUUGGCGACACCAUUGCCGAUCCGCAGACCUACAACGAAAUCCAAAUGGCCAUCAAGAAGGCGAAAGACGAUGUCAUCAACGUCAUACAAAAGGCCCACAACAUGGAGCUGGAGCCAACGCCUGGUAAUACGCUGCGACAGACCUUCGAGAACAAAGUGAAUCGCAUAUUGAACGAUGCUCGUGACAAAACUGGUGGAUCGGCCAAGAAAUCUCUCACGGAAUACAACAAUCUGAAGGCUAUGGUGGUGUCCGGCUCAAAGGGUUCCAACAUUAACAUCUCACAGGUUAUUGCUUGUGUGGGCCAGCAGAACGUUGAGGGCAAGCGUAUACCAUACGGUUUUCGCAAGCGCACGUUGCCGCAUUUCAUCAAGGACGAUUAUGGUCCUGAGUCCAGAGGCUUUGUGGAGAACUCCUAUCUGGCCGGCUUGACACCUUCCGAGUUCUAUUUCCAUGCCAUGGGCGGCAGAGAAGGUUUGAUUGAUACAGCUGUGAAGACUGCUGAAACUGGUUAUAUCCAGCGUCGUCUCAUCAAGGCUAUGGAGUCUGUAAUGGUCAACUACGAUGGCACAGUGCGUAAUUCUGUCGGACAACUCAUUCAGUUGCGUUAUGGCGAGGACGGCCUUUGUGGCGAAUUGGUCGAAUUCCAAAAUAUGCCCACAGUGAAGCUUUCGAAUAAGGUCUUUGAGAAGCGCUUCAAAUUCGAUUGGUCAAACGAACGUUAUAUGCGCAAGGUUUUCACAGACGAUGUGAUCAAAGAGAUGACAGAUAGCAGCGAUGCCAUUCAAGAACUGGAAUCCGAAUGGGAUCGUCUGGUCAGCGAUCGCGACAAUUUACGCACCAUCUUUCCUAAUGGCGAUUCAAAGGUGGUUCUGCCAUGCAAUCUGCAGCGAAUGAUCUGGAAUGUCCAGAAGAUCUUUCACAUCAAUAAACGCCUGCCCACAGAUCUGUCGCCGAUGCGUGUGAUAAGAGGCGUUAAAGGAUUGCUGGAACGUUGUGUAAUUGUCACGGGCAACGAUCGCAUCUCCAAGCAAGCCAAUGAGAAUGCAACGCUACUCUUCCAGUGCCUCAUCCGUUCGACGUUGUGCACCAAAUACGUAUCCGAGGAGUUCCGGUUGUCGACAGAGGCAUUCGAGUGGUUGAUCGGUGAGAUCGAGACCCGCUUCCAGCAGGCUCAAGCGAAUCCGGGUGAAAUGGUUGGCGCUUUGGCCGCUCAGAGUUUGGGUGAGCCGGCCACACAGAUGACCCUGAAUACUUUCCAUUUCGCUGGUGUGUCCUCGAAGAACGUAACUCUGGGUGUGCCUCGUCUCAAGGAGAUUAUCAACAUAUCGAAGAAGCCAAAGGCGCCUUCACUCACAGUUUUCCUUACCGGCGGCGCUGCUCGCGAUGCUGAAAAGGCCAAGAAUGUGCUCUGUCGACUAGAGCAUACCACAUUGCGUAAGGUAACAGCCAACACAGCUAUUUACUAUGAUCCAGAUCCGCAGCGUACGGUUAUUGCGGAGGAUCAGGAGUUCGUUAAUGUGUACUAUGAAAUGCCCGACUUUGAUCCGACACGCAUUUCGCCGUGGUUGCUGCGCAUCGAACUCGAUCGCAAACGGAUGACGGAUAAGAAGCUGACUAUGGAACAGAUUGCCGAGAAGAUCAAUGUUGGUUUCGGCGAGGAUCUCAAUUGCAUCUUCAACGAUGACAAUGCGGACAAAUUGGUGCUACGCAUUCGCAUCAUGAAUAACGAAGAGAACAAGUUCCAGGAUGAAGAUGAGGCAGUCGAUAAGAUGGAAGACGAUAUGUUCUUGCGCUGCAUCGAGGCGAACAUGUUAUCUGACAUGACACUGCAAGGCAUUGAGGCGAUUGGCAAGGUCUAUAUGCAUUUGCCCCAAACGGACAGCAAGAAGCGAAUCGUUAUCACCGAUACGGGUGAAUUCAAAGCCAUUGGCGAAUGGCUCUUGGAAACGGAUGGCACAUCGAUGAUGAAGGUGCUAUCGGAGCGUGAUGUCGAUCCCAUACGCACAUCCUCCAAUGAUAUUUGCGAAAUCUUCCAAGUGCUGGGCAUUGAAGCUGUGAGAAAGUCCGUGGAGAAGGAGAUGAAUGCUGUGCUUCAGUUUUAUGGCCUCUACGUGAACUAUCGUCAUUUGGCUUUGCUUUGCGAUGUGAUGACGGCCAAGGGACAUUUGAUGGCCAUCACGCGACACGGUAUCAAUCGACAGGACACGGGCGCCCUUAUGCGUUGCUCCUUUGAGGAAACCGUGGACGUGUUGAUGGAUGCAGCGGCGCAUGCCGAAACCGAUCCUAUGCGUGGUGUUUCCGAGAAUAUUAUAAUGGGUCAAUUACCUAAAAUGGGCACCGGCUGCUUUGAUUUGUUGCUGGAUGCAGAGAAAUGUCGCUUCGGCAUUGAGAUUCCAAAUUCUUUGGGCAGCAGCAUGCUGGGCGGUGCAGCCAUCUUUAUGGGUGGUGGCUCCACGCCAAGUAUGACGCCUCCAAUGACGCCAUGGGUGAAUUGCCAUACUCCACGUUACUUUUCGCCAUCCGGGCAUGUAAGUGCCAUGACGCCUGGUGGACCCAGUUUUUCGCCAUCGGCCGCUUCGGAUGCCUCGGGCAUGUCGCCCAGCUGGUCGCCAGCACAUCCUGGUUCUUCGCCUAGUUCGCCGCGACAAUCGAUGUCGCCGUAUUACCACGCUUCGCCAAGCGUUUCGCCCUCAUACUCGCCCACGUCGCCGAAUUAUACAGCUUCGUCGCCGGGCGGCGCUUCGCCAAAUUAUUCGCCAUCGAGCCCCAACUAUUCGCCCACAUCGCCGCUUUACGCGGCUACGAGUCCACGUUAUGCCUCGACCACGCCCAAUUUCAAUCCACAAUCGACUGGAUAUUCGCCUUCGUCGUCGGGCUAUUCGCCCACAUCGCCUGUGUAUUCGCCCACAUCGAAUUUCCAGUCGAGUCCCUCGUUUGCGGGCAGCGGCAGUAAUAUGUAUUCGCCUGGCAAUGCAUAUUCCCCAAGCUCAUCAAAUUACUCACCCAACUCGCCGUCGUAUUCACCGAUGUCGCCGUCAUAUUCGCCGUCAAGUCCUUCGUACUCGCCUACGUCGCCCUGCUACUCACCCACCUCGCCUUCGUAUUCGCCGACUUCGCGAAACUAUACUCCCGUCACGCCUUCAUAUUCGCCGACGUCGCCAAACUAUUCGGCUUCGCCGCAUUACUCGCCCGCAUCGCCGGCAUACUCACAGACAGGUGUUAAAUAUUCGCCGACAUCGCCAACGUAUUCGCCGCCUUCGCCGUCAUAUGACGGAUCACCAGGCUCGCCACAAUAUACGCCAGGCUCGCCACAAUAUUCGCCAGCCUCACCCAAAUAUUCACCCACUUCGCCGCUCUAUUCACCCAGUUCGCCGCAACACUCGCCGUCGAACCAAUACAGUCCAACAGGAUCAACAUAUUCGGCGACAAGUCCACGCUAUUCACCAAACAUGUCCAUCUACUCGCCGAGCAGCACCAAAUAUUCCCCCACAUCGCCCACGUACACGCCCACAGCGCGCAACUAUUCGCCAACAUCGCCUAUGUACUCGCCCACAGCGCCCUCGCACUACAGUCCGACGAGUCCGGCAUAUUCCCCGAGCAGUCCCACAUUCGAGGAGAGCGACGAUUAGGCUACACCCAAGGCUGAUACUCAAGGUAGAAGGCGGAGUAGGCGUAGGAAGCAGAAUUCCCAACUGUAAAUUCGACUUAUCUAGCAAUAUAUA